GGUUGUGAACAGCCUGCGGCCGGCGCAAUGGAGCCCGGUCGGCACCUAGCGCUAAAAGAGCAGGAGUUGGAGAUUAAACAGCAGGAGUCCCCGACGCAGCUGCUGCGAGUUCGGGAGCGGGACGCUGAAGGGAGGAGGUUCGACUUGGCAGCUCAGCAGCGGAAGCUUAACUCCCCGAGAGCGACCUCCCCGUAUCCCGCUGACGCAGAGCACUCCAGCCCGCAGCCGACUCCUGCGCCGUCCUCAUCGGAAAGAAAUAAACCGCCCAUCAGCGAUCACUGCUACUCCAAAGCCGCCGUAGCAGCCGACGCUGGGAAAUGUUCUGAGAUCGGCAGGGACGUGUUAAAGCGCGGUGGUUCUGCAGUGGACGCCGCCAUCGCAGCGCUGCUGUGUGACGGACUGUUUAACGCUCACAACAUGGGAAUCGGAGGAGGACAUUACUUCAUCAUCUAUAACGGCACUACAGGGAAGGUGGAGACGAUCAACGCGAGGGAAACGGCUCCCCAAAAGGCCACAAGUGACAUGUUCCCCACCGAAGAACUCUCAAAAACAGGAGGCCUGUCCAUCGCGGUCCCCGGUGAGCUCCGUGGCUAUGAACUGGCACACCGGCGUCAUGGCCGCCUGCCGUGGAAGGAGCUGUUUAAGCCGAGCAUCCAGCUGGCACGUGACGGCAUCCGAGUCAGCAGAGCUCUCGCCAAAGCCAUGGAGAAAAAAAAGGGGGACAUUGAAGCUGAUCCAGUGCUGUGUGAAGUAUUUUGUGAUUCCAACAAAACAAUCCUGAGGGAAAACGACACUAUCAGAUUUCCACGGCUAGCAGACACCUACGAGAGGAUCGCUGAGGAAGGAGCUGAUGUGUUUUAUAAUGGCUCCAUGGCUAAAACGAUAGUGAAUGACAUCCGGGCUGCAGGUGGUGUUAUAACACUUGAAGACCUGUCCGGGUAUACACCAGAGUUGAAUGAAAGCCCACUGAAGAUAAAUGUAGGAGAAUACACCAUGCAUUUUCCCGAUGCUCCAUCUGGUGGUCCUGUGCUAGCGCUAAUGCUAAACAUUUUGGACGGUUAUAAUUUCUCACCCAGCAGUGUGUCGACUACAGAGGAGAAGACGCUCACUUAUCACCGCAUCAUCGAGGCUUUCCGCUUCGCCUUCGCUAAGAGGAGCAGGCUGGGAGAUCCUCGCUACCUCAACAUCACUGACCUCAUCCACAACAUGACCUCAGACUACUUUGCCGAUGACAUCCGCAGUAAGAUCACAGAUAACACCACGCACCCAGAGAGUUUCUAUGGGCCGGAAUACUUUAACCCUGAGGAUCAUGGGACGGCUCACCUCUCCAUCAUCGCUGAGGAUGGGAGCGCCGUGGCUGUGACCAGCAGCAUCAAUCAGUAUUUUGGUUCUAAAGUGAUGUCACGUUCCACUGGAAUCAUCUUUAAUGAUAAUAUGGAUGACUUCAGUUCUCCAAACAUCCCAAACACAUUCGGCAUUCCUCCUUCUCGUAGUAACUUCAUCCAACCAGGUAAAAGGCCGCUCUCGUCCAUGAGUCCAACCAUCAUCUGCGACAAACAAAACAAAGUUAAAAUGGUCGUGGGAGCUUCAGGUGGGACGAAGAUCACCACGGCAACGGCUUUGGUGAUCCUGAACACUCUGUUCUUUAACUACGAUCUGAAGAGAGCUGUAGAGGAACCCAGAUUCCACAACCAGCUCAACCCCAACGACACCGUGCUGGAACAGGACUUCGAGAAGAGUGUUAAAGAUGGACUAGAGCAGAAGAAUCAUGUGAUAAAGUGGUUGGAGGGUACUCCUUCGGUGGUUCAGGCCGUGGUGAGGCAGGAUGAUCAGAUCUGUGCUGAAUCGGACCCACGGAAAGGAGGAUAUCCCGCCGGCUACUGAAACAAAGUUUAAUAAUAAUCAACUUUUAUCUGUACAGAUAUUUACACACACCAUCUCCCUCCAUAUACUGUUUAUAUUUCAUAUAUUUGAACUAUUUGAUGGAAGACACGGGUUAAAAUUUGAUCUUAAGUUAAAGAAGAAACACUUUUGGAUGUAAAGAUGGAUGGUGUGGCUUCUUUUAUUUAUUGUUUCAGUUCAUAUACAGCCGGAUUGUGCUCCUUACAUUCCUUCUGAAUGCUGUAUUAUUUGAUCUCACUUCAUUUCUUCUAUUGUGUGUUGGAAAAAAGUGUUUAUUAAGAAUCUGAUCUGGGAAAAUCAUCAACGUUGAGGUGGUGACAGUAACUUCGCCUCAGAGCACCACCCCGUCGUUGAUUAUUUCCUAUAACAGCAUGUCUUAAAGUGUUUUAUUCCUCUUACUCCACAGCAAUUUGCAGAUGAUUACACAUAAUUUUUUUAUAUAUAUUUAUAGUUAUGUUUAAUGUUGUUGAACACCCAUGAAACAACUUAGUUCAUGUUCUCACUUACGUUAAACAGUCGUUCCCUCACCAGCCCUCUCUUCUUCUCACAAAAGACAAAAAAACAAUCAAACGCAGCUCGUCAUGUCACUGAGAAAUCCUGUCCUGGAGAUGUCUUGAAGUUACAGCUUUACCUCUGACUUGUACAAAACCCCUGACACUGGAGACUCCUUCCACGAAUGUUAAAUAAACAUCUCUUUACAGAAAACUUCACCAGAUCAACGAUUUUUUAAAAUCUGCGUAUGUGGAUAGUACACAUCACUGUGAAUGAGCUGUUACUAUAGAAACGAUGAUGUAAUAGAACGAAUGCGUCAAUAUAAUCCUGUGAUUUCCAGCUGCGCUACUGUCAGAGCUGCUGUUGUAGAAACUGAAUCAACACCUUCUGACCAAUCACAAUCCAGACCUCUCAUUAAUGUGACUUUGUUCAUUUACAUUAAAAACAACUAUAACGCUAAUAAUUUGUCCCAAAAGAGAGAUUUAUUAGUUAAAUAACAUUAUAUUACAAUAGAAAGCUGUCUGUAACAUCCAGCCUGGACAAUUCUAUGCCAGACCACCAGAGGGAGCCCUCUCCCAAAUCUUUAAUCACUUCUAUUGUCAUACUCAUUUCCUGUGUGUUAAGUAUAAAAAGCACAUGGACUUUUGUCUUAUUGUGAAGCAUUACAGAUUGUGGUGUCUUGAGUUCUGAGUCUUUUAUUCUGGAAGGGUUAUGUGUGUAUGACCCUGCUGUGUCAUGUCUUGUCCUUGCCUUUUCCUGACCCUUUUAGAUUUGAUGUAUCUAUAUCCGACUUCUGGAUUAUUAACUCUGUCUAGCCUUUUGAAGAUGAUUUUUGGAUAAUAUUUUACAUUGUUCUCUGUCUGUGAUUAUUUGGGUUUUGACCCUGAUUUUUACUUUAAUAAACCUCAUUGCAAACGGA